GAGUGGUUUGUUUUGGGAAGAUGCGCGAUUGUUUCCCCCGGAGCUACGUUGCUCCCGAGACCAGUACUUGCGCCCCGCUGCUCGCUCGAGGAUGUGGACCUGUGGCGGCUGCGUGCUGGUAGCGGCGCUACUGUCGUGCCUCGCGACCCCGGGGCGAGGCCUGCCCGCGCCUGCGCACGGCUCUCCCCCGCCUUGCGGCUACCAGUCGUGCCCGGAGACGAAGCCAGGCUUCCUGAACGUGCACCUGGUGCCUCACUCGCACGAUGACGUCGGCUGGCUCAAGACGGCGGAUCAGUACUACUACGGCAAUUUCAACAACAUACAAAUAGCUGGAGUGCAGUACAUCAUCGACUCUGUGGUUGCAGAACUCAAGGACGAUCCCACAAAGCGUUUCAUCCAAGUGGAGACAGCGUUCUUCUGGCAGUGGUGGCAGGAGCAGGACGAUGCCAUGAAGGACAUUUACAGGAGCCUCAUCAACAGUGGACAGAUAGAGAUGAUAGGAGGCGGCUGGAGCAUGAACGACGAGGCCGCGACUCACUAUCAGUCGACCAUAGACAACUUCUCUUGGGGCCUUAGGCGCUUGAACGACACCUUCGGCGUGUGCGGGCGGCCGAGGGUAGGCUGGCAGAUCGACCCGUUCGGCCACUCGAGGGAGACGGCGUCCAUCAUGGCCCGCAUGGGCUUCGACGGCCUCUUCUUCGGCCGGCUGGACUACCAGGACAAGAACUCUCGGCUGCAGAACAGGAGCAUGGAGCUCAUGUGGAGGGCCAGCGCUGAUCUAGGUUCUGAUGCCGACUUGUUUACCGGAGUGAACUUUAAUGGCUAUUCAGCUCCUAGCGGAUUUUGCUUUGAUAUAAAAUGCAGUGACGAACCCAUAAUCGAGGAUGAUGAAAGUCCAGAGUACAACGUGCCAAGAAAGCUGAAUAGUUUCGUCGAUCAAGUGAAGAAACAAGCUUCUUUCUAUGCAACUGAUAAUAUAAUGCUGACCAUGGGUGAUGAUUUCAACUACAUGGAAGCUCAUAUGAACUAUAAAAAUAUGGAUAAACUCAUCAGGCUGGUGAACGAGAUGCAGAAGAACGGCAGCAACCUUCACCUGAUGUACUCGACGCCCUCUUGCUACCUGAAGGCUGUGCACGAUGCCAACCUCACGCUGAGCGUCAAGUCUGACGACUUCUUUCCUUACGCCAGCGACGAGCACUCCUACUGGACGGGCUACUUCACGUCCAGGCCCACGCAUAAGCGCUUCGAGCGGCUUGCCAACAACUUCCUGCAGGUGUGCAAGCAGCUGUCUGUGACUGGGAAUGUGACGGGCGAGAAAGAGAAGGAGUAUCUGGACGCGGCGAGGGAGGCCCAGGGAGUGCUGCAGCACCACGACGCCAUCACCGGCACAGCCAAGCAGGCUGUGGCCGACGACUAUGCCAGGAUUAUCUCGGAGGCUAUCCACGGCUGCCAACAUGUUACCAAAACUGCCAUCAAUAACCUGCUGGAAGCGGGAGGCUGGAACGGAUCUCGGCUAGAGCUGGAGUCGUGUCUGCUGCUCAACAUCAGCCAGUGCGAGGCCAGCGAGGGCCGGGCUGGCUUCCUGGUCACCGUCUACAACCCCCUGGGCCGCCCCGUGUCGCCCUACGUGCGGGUCCCCGUCUCCGGCCGCAACUUCACCGUCACCGACGUCAACGGCACGGAGGUGAGCUGGCAGCUGGUGCCCGUGCCACAGUCGGUGCGAGACUUGUGGUACAGGAAGAGCAAAGCCUCCAGUGAGCUGGUGUUCCGGGCGGAGCAACUGCCUCCUCUCGGCUUCAGCUCGUUUCUGGUGACGCCCUCCGGCGGGCAAUCCGACACCGCCCGCGUCUACGAAACACACAUCGGCAACCAGAACGUCACGGUGGACAUAGACGAAACAACGGGCUUGGUGAGCAACAUCAGCUACAACAACAUUCAAAUACCGCUCAGCCAAGACUUUCUUUAUUACGUGGGAGCUGUGGGAAACAACUCUCGUGCAGCUUAUAGGGCCUCAGGGGCUUACAUCUUCAGGCCCAAUUCAUCGGAACCUUUAAACAUAACGCAAAUAGUAAAUGUGACUGUAUACAAAGGUCCCCUUGUAGAGGAGAUCCAUCAGGUGUUCUCUGACUGGGUCAGUCAAGUGAUUCGUAUUUACAAAGACGAGGAUUUCGUGGAGUUCGAGUGGCAAGUGGGACCAAUACCUGACAACUCGGGGAAGGAGGUAAUCUCCCGCUUCUCGACGAGCCUGGCCUCCCAGGGAGAGUUCCGCACCGACUCGAACGGCAGGGAGUCGCUGCUGCGCCGGAGGAACCACCGGCCCACGUGGAGCGUGCAGCUGGAGGAGCCGGUGUCGGGCAACUACUACCCGGUCACCUCCGUGAUCGCGCUGCAGGACGAGGGCGCGGGACUGCGCCUGGCUGUGCUCACCGACCGGGCGCAGGGCGGCAGCAGCUUGCACGAUGGCCAGCUGGAGCUCAUGGUCCACCGUCGGUUGUUCCACGACGACGCCUUCGGAGUGGGCGAGGCGCUGAACGAGCAGGCGUACGGCAAGCCCUUAGUGGCGCGCGGCAAGCACUACCUGUUGCUGGGCGACACCGCCUCGGCCAUCUCCAGCGAGAGGCUGCUGGCCCAGGAGAUACUGCUGGCGCCAUGGCUCUUCUUCAGCAGCCCCCGCGCCGCCGGCCAGUGGGAGAAGCAGAUGUCAGGCCUGAAGCUAGCGCUGCCUCGCAACGUCCACGUGCUGACCUUGGAGCCGUGGAAGGACGGCACUGUUCUCCUCCGACUGGAGCACAUCUUCCAGAAGUCCGAGGACAGCUCCCUGUCGCAGGCAGUCACCGUCAACCUGCAGGAAUUUUUCUCGACCAUGACGGUGGUGUCUGCGCGAGAGACGACUCUGGACGGCAACCAGUGGUUGUCGGCCACUCGGAGGAUGCAGUGGCGCACUGAUCCUCCCGCCGCCAGGCAGGAGGAGGCGACCUCGAGCCCCGGGGACUCUCUGGAAGUCUCCCUGCGACCCAUGCAGAUCAGGACCUUCGUGCUGGAGGUCAAGUGAGGAGCAGCACACGAGUGUAUCGUGUUUCAAGUGUAUCUCUAUCGCUAGCAAUUUAUAAGGCUGUAAGACUUUUCAGGGAAGGUCAAGAAAAAUAAAGGGUUUUUGACAAUUGGCA